UGAAACCAAAGUCGUACCACAACCAUGUUCUAUGCGAUAAUCGUAAUAAAAAUCUUUCUCUCUAAAUCGGCUCUUGCACAAAAUCUUCUUCAUCUGGAAUGCUUAUUUUAAAUAUUUAUGAGUUCAGUAUCAAUAAUGAACCAAGACCUCCUUUAUCCUACAUAGCGAGUAUACGAGGUGUCUUAGACUCUGUUUGAUAAAGGAACUCGAAUUUUCAAAUACGUUUGAAUGAAUGAAAUCGCCCCGACUAUUGAUAACGACGAUUUAAAUCGACCGGGCUUGAGAUGAGCCGUAGAUUCGCUGCAUUUAAAAUAGCGUCAGUUCUCCACUGUAACUAUUUCUCAGGUGAACAUCUACAAAGCGCCCGUCAAUGGAAUUGAAUUAUGAAAAGAAGGGGAAUAAUCUCAGUUCCACAGAUGUGAGAAAACAGGAUGCAAACUUCUCUGAUAUUUUUUGCUUCAUUUAUGUUGUUAACUGGUCUUGAAGCAGGAUCCAGAACUCAAUACGAGGUUUACGUGUACACUGGUAACAAGUUUGGUGCAGGUACAGAUGCUCGAGUGUUCAUCACCUUGUUUGGAGAAAAAGGACGGUCAAAAGAAAUUGAACUCGAGAGCAAAGGACGAAAUGACUUUGAAAAAGGACAGAAAGAUAAGUUUGUCAUUGACAGCAAAACCUUAGGAAAACUGAACGCCAUCAAUAUUCGACACGAUAACAGCUGGUUUGGGUCUGGAUGGUAUUUAGACAAGGUGAAGAUAAAAGCUAAAGAUGGUUGCGUGUACACGUUUCCAAGUCAUCAAUGGCUGGCGUCUAAUGUUGGAGACGGAAAAACAUCUAGAGAACUUGUUGGCAAGAGUCAUUGCCCAAACAUUGAUGCUCCUCCGGAAGACUGUCAGGAAUCCCUUGGUGUGAGUAACGGACUGAUAAAAGAUUCUCAAUUCACGGCGUCUUCAUCAUAUGAUGAACACCAUCAGCCUUACCACGCCCGCCUGAAUAAAACCGUCAAGGGCUCCCGAGGGGGUUGGUGCUCAGCUUUUGCAGAUGAAACAGAAUUUCUAGAAGUAAACUUGGGAAACAGAAGGAGUAUUUCAGGUAUUUCGACUCAAGGUCAGUCCAUGUUUGACAACUGGGUGACCAAAUACGCCAUGUCAUACAGUUCAAAUGGCAAGCAUUGGUUCAUGGUAACAGACAGACGGAAAGAUAAUGGCAGUCCGAGGAAUUUUACAGGUAACAAGGACCGUGACACGGUAGUUACCCACUGGUUUCCAAGAAUAAAAGCUCAGUAUAUUCGUAUUCUUCCCCUGGCAUGGAGUGGACUGACUAACUGUAUGAGGGUUGAACUCUUCGGCUGCAAAAACGUAACCGAUGAUUCAUCAUCAGACGAGGAUACUGGAACUAAGGAGAAAGGCACGAAAAAGGGAAAUAAAAACAGCAAAUCACAGGGUAAAAGUGACGAUAGCGACAGCACCAAAAUCAAAGGAUCCAGAACUCAAUACGAGGUUUACGUGUACACUGGUAACAAGUUUGGUGCAGGUACAGAUGCUCGAGUGUUCAUCACCUUGUUUGGAGAAAAAGGACGGUCAAAAGAAAUUGAACUCGAGAGCAAAGGACGAAAUGACUUUGAAAAAGGACAGAAAGAUAAGUUUGUCAUUGACAGCAAAACCUUAGGAAAACUGAACGCCAUCAAUAUUCGACACGAUAACAGCUGGUUUGGGUCUGGAUGGUAUUUAGACAAGGUGAAGAUAAAAGCUAAAGAUGGUUGCGUGUACACGUUUCCAAGUCAUCAAUGGCUGGCGUCUAAUGUUGGAGACGGAAAAACAUCUAGAGAACUUGUUGGCAAGAGUCAUUGCCCAAACAUUGAUGCUCCUCCGGAAGACUGUCAGGAAUCCCUUGGUGUGAGUAACGGACUGAUAAAAGAUUCUCAAUUCACGGCGUCUUCAUCAUAUGAUGAACACCAUCAGCCUUACCACGCCCGCCUGAAUAAAACCGUCAAGGGCUCCCGAGGGGGUUGGUGCUCAGCUUUUGCAGAUGAAACAGAAUUUCUAGAAGUAAACUUGGGAAACAGAAGGAGUAUUUCAGGUAUUUCGACUCAAGGUCAGUCCAUGUUUGACAACUGGGUGACCAAAUACGCCAUGUCAUACAGUUCAAAUGGCAAGCAUUGGUUCAUGGUAACAGACAGACGGAAAGAUAAUGGCAGUCCGAGGAAUUUUACAGGUAACAAGGACCGUGACACGGUAGUUACCCACUGGUUUCCAAGAAUAAAAGCUCAGUAUAUUCGUAUUCUUCCCCUGGCAUGGAGUGGACUGACUAACUGUAUGAGGGUUGAACUCUUCGGCUGCAAAAACGUAACCGAUGAUUCAUCAUCAGACGAGGAUACUGGAACUAAGGAGAAAGGCACGAAAAAGGGAAAUAAAAACAGCAAAUCACAGGGUAAAAGUGACGAUAGCGACAGCACCAAAAUCAAAGGAAAACUAAGUGAGGAGGACCUUAAUAUUAUGUCCACAAUUGAAAAAGCAGUUGUGUACCUCCGUUUUGAGCAUAUCUUCAAGGAUAAUAUUAUCGUGGACGAAUCACAACAACACAACGAUGCCAGAAUUGUGAACUUUGCACGGACGGCCCUGUUCAGUGAAAGAUGUGGCAAUGGAGUAGAUCUCAAUGGAGGAGACAUCUUGUUGAAUGGACCUUCAUUUAGGAACAAACCACGUAUCGCCGUGACGAUUGCGGCAUGGAUAAAACUAUUCUCGGUAGAAGGACCAAACUCACUGUUUGAUACAAUCGGUGGAAUUAACUCCACUCAUGACAAUGGUCAGUAUCAUUUGGAAAUUGACAGCGGGUCGGUCAGAUGGUUUCACCGAAACGAACAUGGACAGAUAAUUUUCAACGUGACAUCAGAAGUGAUCGUUCCUUCGCACGUGUGGACACACGUCGCCUGCACUUACGACUCCAAAUUAGGGCAAGCUGAUAUUUAUGUGAAUGCGAAGUUUAUUCUGAGGGGUGAUGGCUCGGGGGAGUUGUCACAAGACUGGCAAGAGAAAGCGGGGAUCGGUGAGCAUAAAGGAGAGAGAUUGUUGGACGGACAAAUUGAUGAAUUUUAUAUAUCAAAUGAGGCCUUGACUCAAGAAGAAAUUAAGAAAUUGAUGCAGAGAUGUGAAUUUGAGAAAGAGUGCUUCUCACCACUAGGAAUGGAAGACAUGAAAAUCAAAGAUGGACAAGUCACAGCCUCUUCAACUUACCAUCUCCAUAAACCUUUCUACGGCCGCCUGAAUCUUGUGUCAUUCUACGACGAUCCCCAGAGGACGGCAUGGUGCGCCGACGAGGAUGAUAAGGAGCCUUACCUCACGGUGGAUCUUAGGGAAGAGAAGACCUUGUCGGGAGUAGCUCUACAGGGUGCCUCUUUGGAGGACAACUACGUCACCAGCUUCAAACUCUGCUACAGUCAGAAUGGAAGGACUUUUCAAUGUGUAACUGAGGAUUUGACAGGAGAGUCGCUACAGGGGAGUGAUGACAAAGAUUCCGUCAAGAUUCACUGGCUACAAAGAUUUUUUGACGGUCGUUAUAUUCGUUUAUAUCCACUAUCCUGGUACGGAGAUCACAUAUGCAUGAGAGUUGAAUUAUAUGGCUGCAUUCCAGGAUUGCUCUCUGACACAGUUCAAACGGAUUUAUCCGCGAUAGAUAGCAUUAAUCCAUUCACUACAUGGUCAAAUUUUGGAGAAUGCAGCGUAAGCUGUGGUAAAGGAACCAAGAAAAGGGUCAUCAAAUGUCAACCAAAAGGCAAUGAACGAAAUCAAAACUGUCCACCAGGAACAGAGUCAUACACUGAGAGAGUGCCGUGCACCAAUCCGAGUUGCCCAGAAUGUUUUUCACCAAUGGGAAUGUCAAAUGGCACAAUCUUGGACCACGAGAUUUCCGGCUCAUCUACAAUAGACAAAGCACAUCCAGCGUUCUACGCACGUGUUAUAACUGCUCGGAACGAACGUGUUUCCACCCGAGGAAGCUGGUGUGCAAAGCUGGCAGAUAAGGAGCAGUUUCUUGAAAUUGAUCUCAAAAAGCCGAGAAAAGUCACAGGUAUGGGAACGCAAGGACAAGUAACUGACGACCGCUGGGUAAUGAGUUAUAGAAUAACAUACAGCGCCAAUGGACUAAAGUGGACAAACUACACCGAAGAUAACAGGCAAAAGGUAACAGGGAAAUUCAACUUAGAGGGAUUCAGCGAACGCGUUGACAUCCUUGUCCAAUUCAGACCACCUGAUAGUUCAUUUGGGAGGUUACAGUUGUGCAAUUUGUGUGUGUUGUGCAACACGUUAGCCGAAUCUGUCUUUUUUGGUUAUGCAUUUGUUGGUAACGACGACAGCAAAACCAUAGCAGUGCGUCAUUUAAAACACCCAAUCACAGCUCGGUAUGUUAGAAUCCAUCCAUUGGCGUGGUAUGGCGUACACAUCUGUAUGCGUGCAGAGCUUUAUGGCUGUGAUCAUUUAGGUCAGAGCUUCAAGCCAGUUCAGGUUAGUGAUAACAGUGAAUCGUCUUUCAAGGUUGCCGAAGAACCUGUCAAAGCUAAACCCUAUCAAAACGUUCAAGGUAAAGCUACGGCGUCAACGAAAGGCAAAUCUCCUGUUGUGGAUGUGGCAAGACCACCAGAGACACAUACAACUGGAAAGACAAAAAUGAAUCCACCUCUAACGGCUCAUGAACACUCCCACACAAAAGGGGUAGAAUUGAAUGAAAGCGCUCCUCGACCAUACCACAUCCAAACUCACAUCAAUGUAACAAACCAGAAUAGCCACUUUCCUGUCUCUGAAUUGCCCAUACGGUUGCAUGUACAUCCAGAUUUUCCGCUACCCAUCAGUGAUAGUCACCAACAAGCAGCAGUGUUAAGCAGGCAGCAGGCUUACGACCUCAGCAGCAGCAAGGCAAGUACCAUUCACAACCAUGGAACGUUUCAGUGGGGUCCAUUCAGCAAGUGUACCGUGACCUGUGGAUCGGGUGUUAGGAAGCGGUACCGGAGAUGCAGUGCGGAGGACUGUACAGCCCCCGGAGUACAAACUCAAGUUGUCCCAUGCACGAGCAGUUGUUCUGCUGAAGCAUUAGAAUGGUCCCCCUACUCAACGUGUUCUGUCACGUGUGGUGUUGGCAAAAGAAUGCGGUCCCGGAUGUGUGAUGGUGUGGCCUGUCCUAAGUCAGGCAGAGAAUUUGAGACCAUUUCCUGUUACCUUCCAGGGUGUCCAGUUCUGCACUUAGGAUUCGAAAAGUGGGAAAACCAAGUGGUAUUGGAUGAGUCUGACAAAGGUAACAACGCCUUCUUGGACAAGGGCGCCUUUAUCGCCCCACACAGAGGAGUCUGCGGGCACUAUGCAAGUCUAGGGAAGUCUGGCGACAUCCUGCUGGAGGAUACAACAUUCAGAGGCAAGCCCCGUACUGGUAUAACUGUGGCGUCCUGGGUAAACCUUGUUGGCUCGUCUCGUGGAUACCACUCCGUCUUUAGCACUGCUCGAGUGAUGAACAUUGGACAAAUAAUGGGAGGAUAUCAUUUUGAAAUUGAUGACGGCAGGGUCCGUUGGUUUCAUCGAAACCGCUUCCAGAAUCCAGUGUUCACUGUUUUCACUAAUGACAUCAUCAAGCCCGAUGUCUGGACACAUCUAAUUGGCUCAUACGACAGCAACUCAGGGGAGGCGAAGGUGUAUGUGAAUGGAGUACUACAGGGCAGCUCACGAGGCAGUGGACCUCUCGACGACUUUUGGGGCUACAAGGCCUGUUUAGGAAGCUUUGACCUGGGUGGAAGGUAUCUUAGAGGUUUUGUCGAUGACUUCUACAUCUUCAACUACGCGAUUCAACCUGACCAAAUCAAGGAUCUUCUACGAAUCAAGUGCCCUGGAAAAUCACGAAGAUACUCGAUAGAGGGAUCACUUUGGAAGCCUCGAGAAUGGUUUGUUCGUAGAGACCUCCAAGACCCAACGGAGGAUAUAAGGGAUGCAUCAUCUCUAGGAAGGUCAAUGUCUCUCUUAGUAGCACCAGAUGAUGUACGCGAGUCCUCUGAGGAACAUUGCGAUAACAUUGGAAUCUUAUGUUCUCCUUCACCAAGCUCAAGGCUUCCAUGUNACGAAGCAUUUCUUCUUUUCGUAGUUCUGCACUUAGGAUUCGAAAAGUGGGAAAACCAAGUGGUAUUGGAUGAGUCUGACAAAGGUAACAACGCCUUCUUGGACAAGGGCGCCUUUAUCGCCCCACACAGAGGAGUCUGCGGGCACUAUGCAAGUCUAGGGAAGUCUGGCGACAUCCUGCUGGAGGAUACAACAUUCAGAGGCAAGCCCCGUACUGGUAUAACUGUGGCGUCCUGGGUAAACCUUGUUGGCUCGUCUCGUGGAUACCACUCCGUCUUUAGCACUGCUCGAGUGAUGAACAUUGGACAAAUAAUGGGAGGAUAUCAUUUUGAAAUUGAUGACGGCAGGGUCCGUUGGUUUCAUCGAAACCGCUUCCAGAAUCCAGUGUUCACUGUUUUCACUAAUGACAUCAUCAAGCCCGAUGUCUGGACACAUCUAAUUGGCUCAUACGACAGCAACUCAGGGGAGGCGAAGGUGUAUGUGAAUGGAGUACUACAGGGCAGCUCACGAGGCAGUGGACCUCUCGACGACUUUUGGGGCUACAAGGCCUGUUUAGGAAGCUUUGACCUGGGUGGAAGGUAUCUUAGAGGUUUUGUCGAUGACUUCUACAUCUUCAACUACGCGAUUCAACCUGACCAAAUCAAGGAUCUUCUACGAAUCAAGUGCCCUGGAAAAUCACGAAGAUAGAUAAAGAAAAGAAAAAGAAAACACAUUCAAGUUGUUGUUUCCAAGAAUCAUCAACAAGAACCAGUGGCGAAGCUCAAGUCAAUGAUAAUGCAUGUCAGUUUCAGGGUGAAGACUAUUGGACAUCAAAAAUAUUCACAAAACCGUGUAAGAUGUUUCAACCAAUGUAACGUAUCAAGGGUUCCCCCUUCUGGAGCUAAGAACUUGAAUCCGGCUUAUGUAAAGCAUAACAAAAAGCAGUAUUUCUGCACGCUGGACAAAAGGAACUAGCAAAAGUAGUAUUUCGAGAACACUCAUAUGGUGCCCUCAUUUGUGAUGACUGGGAUUCCAUUCAUAAUUUCAUAUCACGCCAAACGUUACCAGACUAAUAAUAUAAGUAACUGAAUGUAGAUAAAUAUGAAUUCCAAAGUUGUGCAACUUUUUAAUGACCAUUACAAAGAACUCCACUAUUAAAAAUAUUGUCUCUUUUUAGACUAAGCAAUCCUGGAUGUGUCAGUUAUUAACUC